GCGGUGCGUGCACCGUACGCGCGCAUUCUAUCCGGCACUCGUCGUAUCGGGUGCGAACGCGCGGUUGACGCAGUUCCGCGCGCGGACGUCCCUCGCGCGCGCGCGGGACGUCACGCGACUUCCCCCCCCCGGGUGGGGUACAAAUUUGCGCGUGUGUGUGCCAGCGUGCAAUAAAAAGAACGUUCAUCCCGCGCGCGAGGGCGACUCCGCGCGGGGUGCGCGGACGCGGGAAACGCCCCGACGCGCGCGUAAACGAUGUCGGUCGCGAUGGAAACGCCUUUAUCCUUCGACGAGCCCGAGCUCGCGCUUCUUCCGAAGCACACGAAGGUCCGCGUGACGGGGAAUAAUCGAACGAAGAGCACGUUAGUCGGCCUCACCGGCGUCGUGAAGAAAGCCGUCGGCCUCGGCGGGUGGCACCUGGUGAGACUCGAGACGGGCGUGGACGCGAGGGUGCAGCGGAACGCCAUCGUCGCGUUGUCGGCCCCCACCGGGGACGAGAGCGACAGCGGCGAGGACGACUUACGCGUGAACACGAACCCGAACAGCACGAAGCCGGACGCGGAGCGGAUGAACGGCCGAUCGUCGACGGUUCGGCGGACGCCCACGAAGCCGCUGUCGCGGCCGAUCACGGCGACGGUCACGGGGAAGCGGUCGUCGCGGCCGAGCGAGCGCGCCGGCGGCGGUGGCUUCGGCGGCGGCGGCGGCGGAUCGAAAGUCAACUUCGACAAGCUCGGGCUCGACACGCUGAAAAAGAUCGAGGAGGGGCACUAUAAACAGGCUGUCUCCCCGGACGAGCAGAAGCGUAAGCUCGUUGCCAGCGUCGCGGAGCACUUCAUGAAAGAGCAGGUGGACGAGGCGGAGGUUUUGAUGAACUUCAUGGCCGCGUUUUCGAGUCGGAGUACGUCGCGGAAUCCGAGCAGGGAGGUGUCGGAAAUCGACAAAACGUAAAUACGAAAUCGGCGGCGACGACGUCGCCGUGUACAAAAGUGGUUGUGCGAAGGUAAACGACGAAGGAAUCUAGAGCUUAUUGUUAGCCCGAAUGUACGAGUAUAGCGCUGACGCAGCGCGUCGUUUCCCUAGGGAGGUAGACGAGUGUAUGAAUGUAAGAUCAAAACAUGUAAGAAUCAUCUGUUUC